GUGCUCCUGCGAAAAAGAAGACAAUCUCAUGCAAGAAUAAAGAAGAAUGGCUGCGCCCUUUAACUAAAUUAUUAUGUGAUGGAAAACUUAAUCAGCUUGCACCUUUCUAAAGGAAAAGUGUUUGUUUGGAAUGCUGAAGAUGCAUGUACUUUGAGAGCAGAGUGUCGUGUUGUAGGAACGCUGGUUGGCAGUCUCCCACGAGCACCGCGACAGAACAUCCAUCUCGGCCUGCCUCUACAGUUAAUGCCAGAGGAAGUGACAUUACUUCUCAGAAAAGGUUUUGCCAAGUUGGUUGAUGAUGAUGUAUGUGAUGGUUCAAACGAUUCAGAAAAAGUUGUAGCUUUCAGUCAAAUGAGAAAAGAACAGUAUGAAGCUCAGAUAAAUCUGUUUCGUACAGAAAGAAGGAAAGAAAUAUCUCGAAACAGAGACAAAAUAAUUGAAGGGAAGAAAGCAAAAUGGCAGAAGAUUUCGGAAGAAAGAAGAGCAGCAGGAAUGAAUGUGGAUAUUGAUUUCCCUCCGGAAGAAGAUUUUCACCUGGAGAAGAUUGACAUUCCACCAAUAGGGAAAGAUAACUCUUUGGUGCAGUUGUUUACAGAGAAUCCAUGGAGAGUAGAAGCAUCUUUGGCAAAUGAUGGUUGGAAGUUUCCGUCAACUGAUGCCGAGUGGCUGAGGUUUAGGGUGUUUGAAAAUCUGUGGGAACAACAGUACUAUCUGACAGUUGGUGGAAAGUUCGGAGGAGACUUCUUGGUGUAUCCUGGUGAUCCUGCAAGAUUUCAUUCCUUCUACAUUGCUGUGUGUAAACCGUUUAGCUCACCCAUCCCAGCUCUUAACAUUGUCGCACUUGGUCGCCUGGGAUCAAACGUGAAGAAGACAGUUUUGUUGUGUUCACUGGACACUAGUAACAGAGUGGUGUACACAUCACUUCAAUGGAGCGGAAUCAGCUGAUAGAGAAAAUAAACUCACGCUUCACACGGCUGCGUAUCAUUUGAUGAAGCAAUCUUAGCCCAAAGAUCACCGUAACCUUCUGACUACUGCAGGCGAGAUAUCUCGCCCGACGUCACGCCAGUCGACAUACUGUACACUCUAUACAGUGCAUUCCCCAAUUCAUAUAUCCCGUCGUUUUGCACAAGACACUGGAAAUGUUUUUUUUAACAUGAAGCAUGCUAGCUUUCAGUUAUAAAAUACAUUGGAAUUGUAAGUUCAAAAAGUGGUUUUCUGCAAGACUUUUCGCUUGACAACAAUGCCAUUUUCAGGAAUCAAUAGCUGAUUGUGACAGCUAAUUUGAUAAUAAAUUUGAUAGUUUUACCAACAACGAAAAUUACCAAAUAUUGGGAUAUGAAUAGUACUUUGGUUUUUUUUAAACAUUCUGGUCAGAAAACCACUAUUAGCAGGAAUAAUACAUGUAUAUACUGAACAGCUGGCCACAGAUGCCAGUAAAUAAACUUGACUUUUUCAAUUGUUUUGCCUAAUUUUAGUCAACAUUAACUGAUCUAAAAUAUCAUAAAAAUUUAUAAAAACCCACAAAAAUAAUACUUACCGAUUCAAAUAUGAACUUUAGUUUUAUGUAUUUAUAAAACAUUUAAGUG